AUGUGUGGCAUCACAGCUUUCGUCAAGGAUCCUCGGUCCAGUAUCAACGGACACGUCAACGGCCAUGUCAAUGGGAUGACAAACGGCCCAACAAACGGCCAUCCUGACGCAUCCCUCGCAAACAAGCUGGAAGCAUCCAUCGCCAUCCUCAACCACCGCGGCCCAGACGACGCCGGCAUCUGGAUCAACCAGGACUCCAGCGUGGGCCUCGCACACUGCCGCCUCUCCAUCAACGACCUGUCCCCCAGCGGCCGCCAACCUCUCACCAGCGACGAUGGCGAGAUCCACGCCGUCGUGAACGGCGAAAUCUACGAUCACGACCGGCUGCGGACCGUCUGUUCUCAAGAACACGGCUAUCGGUUCUCCAGCGAAAGCGACAGCGAACUGGUCCUCGCCUUGUACAAGAUUCACGGGGCGCCGCGAUUCUUCAGACUCUUAAGAGGAGAGUUCUCCUUCGUCCUCUGCGACGAGAGGAACGGCCGGAGACGUGUCAUUGUCGGUAGGGAUCGGUAUGGUAUCAAGCCCAUGGUGUGGACCAGUAUAGAGGGCAAGAUCCUCCUGUCCUCGGAAGCGAAGGCUUUCUUGCCUUUGGGCUGGAAGCCCGAAUGGGAUAUCGAGGCUAUUGCUACGUCUGGCUGGCAGCUGGAUACUCGGACAUUGUUCAAGGGGGUCCAUAAGCUGCUUCCGGCGCACUGGCUUGAUAUUACCGAAGAUGGGUUCCAAAUUCAUCGGUAUUGGGAUGCCGAGUAUGAAGACAAGAGGAAACUCGAAACCCGCUCCCUCGACGAAAUGGUCCAGGGAGUUCGCGAGAAACUCAUCGAAUCCAUCCGCCUACGACUACGAGCCGACGUCCCCGUCGGUAUCUACCUAUCCGGGGGCAUCGACUCUUCAGCAGUCGCCGGCAUCGUGACCCAACUGGCCCGGGAAAACAACGUCAAGAUCGGCAACGAGACAUCCACCAAGGUCUCCUGCUUCAGCGUCGAGUUCCCCAACAGCUCCGGGUUCGACGAGUCAAGCAUAGCCGAGCGGACGGCUGAAUGGCUCGGCGUCGACCUUGUCAAGAGGCAAGUCAACGAGGACACGCUCGCGCGCGACUUCGCCGACACGGCGUACCACUGCGAACACCACCACUUCGACCUCAACUGCGUCGCCAAGUUCGCCCUCUCCACUCUGCCGCGGGAACACGGCGUCAAGGUCAUCCUCACGGGCGAGGGCGCCGACGAGCACUUUGCCGGAUACCCUUACUUCCCCGUCGAGCUGCUCCGGGAGACGGACCACGCGCAGCCCGACGCCCCCCUUUCUCGCGACGAGGAGCUCAGAGCGGCCCUCCACCGGUCCGUCGACAAGGACAUGAGACAGGUGUUCCGCAACCUGGGCGCCGCGGGCGAAGGGGGUACGGACGACGACGACGACUGCCCCGCCCUAGCCCAAGUGAACAACAGCACCAUGCCCUGGACGCUCCUCGUCUGGCACGCCAAGCGCCGGCUCUUCGCCCCCUGGGUGCAGGACCUGACCGCGGGGCUCGAUUACAGGGACACGGUCCUCGCGUCGUACUCGGCCGACGUCCGCGCCAAGAUGCGGUCCCGCUGGCACCCCCUCCACUCGGCGCUGUACAUGUGGAACAGGACCACGCUGGCCAACGUCCUGCUCUCCUGUCUCGGCGACCGCACCGAGAUGGCGCACAGCGUCGAAGCCCGGACCCCGUUCCUCGACCACCACCUUACCGAAUACGUCAACCGAUUACCCCCUAGCGUGAAAAUCGCUUACACCCCUCCAGAGCAGGCCGGGGGGAACACCACGAGCCACCACGGAGACCAGGGUCCGCUGUGGGAGAGCUCGGCCCCUGGGUUGACGUCUUUUACGGAGAAGUGGAUUCUGCGGGAGGCGGUGCGGCCGUUUAUUACUGACGAGCUGUAUAAGAGAAAGAAGCACCCCUUCUUGGCCCCCAUGAAGUGGCCGCGAGGAGGUCCUCUUCAUCAGACAUUAUCGGGGAUGUUGACCCGUGAAGCUGUCGAGGGUUUGGGGUUCGUCGACUACAAUGUCGUCCGGGAUUCCUUGGACCGCGCUUUCGGAGAGGAGGCCGAUGCGAGUGCGUUUAGGAACCUGCUCUACGUGGGUGCGUGGGUGACUUUGGCGGAACGGUUCGGUGUCCGGAAGGCCACCUGCAAUGAAUCCAAUUAG